GAGCUCCCGGUAUAACGCACCCACUACUCCUAAAUCCUGGCUCCUCCAUUGAUUGGUGGCCCAAAGUUUUGAGAGAUGACCUUGUCUCCUAUACAAAUUCGGCAUGUCUUGAUAUACCUAUGAUUAAGAUAAUGGGAAGGAUAAUGUAGAGAAGAAGCAAAAAGAAAAGAAAUGUAUGGUUAAAUAUAACACAUGCAUUAAAUUUCAUAUGUGAACAAAAAACAUGGUUAAACCAAAAAAACAUAUGGGGUGAAACAGAAAAAAUAAAUAAGGUUAAACAAAAAAACAUAUGGGGUGAAACAACUUUGCUUCAAAGAAAUCCAUCAAAAGAACAUGAGAGAAUAAUGAGGGCUGGCAGUCACUAACAUUCUUCAAAAGUGGAGGAAACCAAUGGCCAGUAGAGGGAAGAAAACCACUCCAAUACAGACCUCAAAACUCAAUCUACAGCUUCACUCUGUUUUCAUGAGCUUUAGUAAUAACCUGCCCAAGCUGCCACGGCUGCAAUACCCGAUACAGAUCAGGUCCUCCAAGUGCCCCAAAUUAACUGAGCUCAGUCAUGCUCACAGCCUCUUCAGAAUCACAACCAUAAGAACUCAGUCUCAGAAUCCCCAAUUGUAGGAUUUGGCAAUGAGAGAAAACCAACUUUGGAUUCCAGUAAAAUGGAGGAGAACAAAGAGAGUUUUCAAUACCAUUCCCAAAGCAAGCCCUCCUUCACUAAAAGGAAUCUCCACUUCUUUUGAAAACAAGACUUGAUUUCCACCUAAGGGUCUGUUUGGUGAGCAAAAAAGGAUUGAUGGAAGUGUUUGGAGACAUCUAAACUCUAAUAUGGCUAUUAGUAACAGGCAAUUGAUGGUUAAACAGUUGAGAAAUUAGGACUCCCAGAAAUCCCAAAACCACCCCCAUUUGGGAUACAAGUAGAGUUGGAUGGCUUAAAAACACAAACUAUUUGUUCUUUCAAAUAGCGAGGCUCAUAUUUUUGCCCAUUUGAUCAAGAAAAAAAAUGCUAAACAUGCCAAGCUGCAAGCAUCAGUUGCCUUGAGAAAACUGGAGAAAGAACGUGUCUUACCCUGUCAACCAGACCCUCUGAUAUUGCCACGCCGGACCGUUCACAUAAUUUUCAUUGAAAAAAUGUAUAUCGUCACAGCCUCUUUAACAAUGCAAGUGUCAUUCCUUGCAAUACAACUUAAGAGACAUGGUCAAAAACCAAUAUAUGGAUGAAUGGUUGGAUGUGUAAAAAUACAAAAGGGCUGUUUGACUGUUUCCUCAUACAAAUGAGGUCAUUGGCUGUUUGCAGAGAUGGCAACCACCCUUGAAAAACUCCAAUGCAUCUCUGCAGUGAAAUAAAGUUAGACCCGAGUUCUAUUCCUAGAAAUUGUGUUGGGAGGUAACUAUGUAAGCAAAGAGCCUUUGCAAGUACGAGGUGUAGAUAAAACAUUUUGAAAUAAAAAAGCUAAAAUCUAAUGACAAUUCUUAACACUAGUACACUUCUAAAGUUUCUUUGCAUCAUUGAGAAAUGACCUAAAACGUUAAUUAAAAACAUUGGUCCCAAACAAGACCAAAUAGUGUAUUGGCACCUACUCCUUAAUAAACAAAGUGGCUCAGAUUCAACUUAUCUCUCAUAAUACGAGAAGGUUGAACCCACCAUGGCUGCAAGAAAGCUACCACGCCAAGGGGGUACAAAACCCAAUUUCUUGUUUAGAAACCAGUUAAUCAUCACAGCCUAAAAUUAAGGGUUUAAGGUUUUGGGUUUAGCUUGAUAUACAAAUCAAACAUUCAUAUAUAAAUGAAUCUUGUAGAGAGGUUUGACUGUAUUCCAUUAUAUCAAAGAACCCGUUUGGCAUCGGAGAUUAGCGUUAGCGUUUGAACAGACUAUUCGACAAUAUCCUUUAACAUUAGGGUUUCCAGAAUUAAUACCUUUCUUGGCCUUUUGGCUAAGAUCAAGUGUAGUAUCUGUUCUUAGCGUUUCCAAGAAUAAUCUACACCAUUAAAAUUUUAUACAAAACGCUAUGCUAAUCAGAAACGCUAAUCCCAAACAAGGCCUUCAUCACCAAUGGUUGUUGAUGAGUUUUACUCAUCAGAACCAAACAAAGCCCAAGUGUCAUAAUUCUUUUUUGUAAUUGGGGAGGACAAUCUCAUAAAUUCCAACCUUUUCCUGUCCAACAACAACAAACCCAGUAAGUUACCAUGCAAUAUUUCAUUGAGCUCCCACUUUUCCAAUUCAAAUUGGAUGCAUCGAUUAAGGAUGUUUGACUGAAGUGAUUUUCAAUACAAUUUAUUUAAGAAUUAGAGCGGAAUAAUAUGAAAAGAAAGUGAAUGAAAUUUGAUUCUAUGAAGAAAAAUUCAUGCUACACUUACACCAAAAAGUGCACAAAUUUUGGGGUACAAAUAGCUUAAUCCAUAAAAAAAAUCUAAAGGGCAUAGGCAGAUCUUACCCAUGGCUGCAAACGCCAGAAGCUCCUGAGAAUCACAAUCAAACAAACAGUAAUAAUUGCCUUGCCAAGAU